UGUAGACUGCUACAAUGAGCUCUAUUGUCACCAUAUAGAGCUGAUCAGUCGAUCCACAUGGUUGCAUUUCUCAUUGCUGCCCCUGAUCGGUAGUCGUCAAGCUUGAAAAGGAUGACUUGCAGACGCUUCUCUAGGACGCCCAAAGUGAAGACAUCACAGCUCAUCAUGGUGACCAUCGCGGCCCUUCUUUUGCUUUGUCUCUAUUCCUUUCCUCAACGGCUUGCAGCACAAACCUUUCCCAUGGACAGGCCACAGAAUUCUUCUGUUGAGUGCCGCAGAGUCCAACUCGACUUGGCCAGAUUCAUCGACGCUCCAGCUGCAAGUACCUGUGAAGACGCUUGCAACAGGAAUCUGAUGCACAUAUACUUCGGAAACUGGAAUGACGUGAAAACAGAGGACUUCAUGGCUCGGUAUUUCCUGGUUGCUAAUCGUCCGCAAUUACAAUAUAUUACAAUGCGUUUCAGCGAGGUGUGUAUGGCAGGCUUACAUACUUGCAUCUUGGAGCAAGAUGGACGAUCUUUGGAUAUGCCGGGGAAGCUCUCUCGAGAACAAAGCUGUUUUUGCACAGCUAGUCUUCUCAUUGAACGUCUCAAGCCUGCACCAGGAUAUUGGGCAUGGUAUCCUGCUGAUAUCUAUCGAGGCAGCAGUUGCGACUUGUUGGAUGUCGUAAAGAGAUUCGAAGUAUCGACUUGGCAAGUCUAUAAUGCGACGGUUCUCGAUCUCGUUUCUUGUGAGGAGUAUGAUUGCUGGUGUGACUUAUAUGGGAAGCAUGUGUGUCGAGGAACAUCGGAAGCCAGAUGGUCCGCCAUCUAUCAGAUUCUCGAUAUCGUGGCAAAUCUAUACCGGCUCACUUCUGGUCGACUCCUCCUCCCUUGGCGCCAAAGAAUUUGGUGAUGAAAGUGCCUGAGCCAAGUGUCAAGCUGUUGCAACUAUUCUUAUCCAUGAAGCAUUGACAUGAAAAGUCCUCGAAGAUUGUAUUGACUACAGUAUGCAACUUGCAGGUCCU